GUAUGACGAAAAUGAAAGAUGCUUGUCGUGAUAAGCUGGAUCGAAAGUAUAAGAGGAGACAAGCAUAAACACUGUGCUAAUUGGAGAUAAUGAUUGGAGCUAGCCAUGGGGACAUCAAGCCUCAGGAGGUGAUAAACUCUGCUUGCCACCGACUGUUGAAGAGAAAAAGACCAAGCUCAGGAAAAUGGCAGUCCUUGGAGGAGCGUCUUCUGGACUGUUACAUAGAAUCAUGUGAAGGGGCCCCAAAGGAUAAGCGUUUUUGUCAUGGAGUGCGGCUGCUGGAAAAAGUUGUUCUUCAAGACAAUCUUUCCACCCUUGUUGUAAACCUGUACCCUAGGAAUGAAGGCUACUCUUUAAUGCUUAAAGGCAAAAAUGGUGCAGAUUCAGAAACUGUGAGGCUGCCUUAUGAAGAGUCUGAAUUCUUGGACUACCUUGAUGCCCAAGAGCUUCCUCCAGUGCUGAUUGAUCUGCUAGAAAAAUCACAGGCAAAUAUUUUUUAUAGUGGUUGUGUCAUAGUUGAAGUGCGAGACUACCGCCACAGUCCUACAGGCAACUCGUAUGACAGCAACUAUGUCUUACUUCGCCCAACUUACCAGACACUAGUUUGUGACAUAAAUGCUAUGACUCGCGAGUCCCCUAACUGGACAGAAGAGGGCAAGUUAGUACUGGAAUCACAGUUGCUGUUAGCAACAGAAGGCCCUUUGUGUCUUGAUCCUUCAAUAGAAGUUGCACAGGUUGCAAAUCAACUCCAGUUCAACAGGAACAAGUUCCAUACUUGUGGGAUCAGAAGGAGCAUAAAACGACACUCCCAAGCAUUCUAUAACAGAGCAGGACUGAUGUCCCUUUGUAAUGCUCCGUCUUACCUGAAAGUUCUCGAUUUCCUGUCACAAUACAAGAAACCCCAGCCACCUGUCAAUCUUCGUCUGGCAAAGACACCGCAGACAACUGACACAUGGCGACAAAAGCCAAUUCACCUCACACCACCUGCAAGAGUUGAUGUUGACUUGUUUUCCAAAAUAAUUGAACGUCCAAAGCUGACAGUUGAUAACACACCAGAAAAGGUCCAAGAAGUCACACUAGAAGGAGAAAAGACCAAUAACAGGAGUUAUUUCUGCCGUGUGACCAUUCGGCGUAGACCAACAGACCUGCAGUACUUAGGUGAACUAUACCUCGAAGAAGACACAAGCAAUUCACAAGGGGCACCUGCUGUCCCAAACGCAAACACUUCGGCUUCCAGCAAGGCAGGAAAAGCAUGUCAGUUUUUUCUUGGAAGUAAACUUGGAGCUCAAAAGUAUCUUCAGCAGUUCCAAGACUUGUACACUGAGGAAGGGCGUAAGUCUGUGAAAAUUUGUACCUACAUUCCUGGCCAACACCAGGUGGCACAGGCUGCUGCAGCCGCUGGUCAACAGGCGUCACAUGCACACAAUACCAAUCAGACAUCAACAGCCACUGUUGUUCCUGUUUCCGGAAAUCCAAAUGUGCAAGAGCAGACACAGGGAAAGGUGGCAAUCCCUCUACCGACAGCCACAAAGACUGUCACUGUAAUUCAGAGUAAUAAUUUGGGAAUAGGUUCCCAUACCACGUUACCUGGUAACUCUGCAGUGUCUCAAGUUCCUGUUGUACAAAGUCUUUCGAAUGUCCGAACUUAUGGCCAAAAGCUGGCAAUGUUUCAGCAGCGAGGAACAGUGGUUGGCACAGUUUCAAGUGGAACUGGUGUGCCCCUCAGUGGAACAACUAAGAUUUCUACAGCAGGCACAGUUACACAGUACAUUUCGACAGCACAGCCAGGAACAACACUUCAAGUCUCAAACGUAAAACCUGUUCCUGUUUCCUCCACUGUCAAGUCCGUUCCAACAACAGGGAGAAGAAUUUCUCAUCCAGACACUGCUACCUCAUUACAGUCACCGACUACACCUAGUGGGGGAUACACAGGAGUUGUGGGAGCCUACGUGCAGCCGGUUGUUGGCCCUGGAGGAAUGAGUGUUACUGUCCCAGCUGGAGCGACUGUUACGGUAGCAGGUGCCACACCCAUCGUUCCAGUGUCCAACAGUGUGGCCAUAGCUUCCGGUCCAUUACCAACACAGUUCAUCGCGACAGGUUUGAAAUCAGCCAAUCAAACCUUACAACCUGCACCAGGGACGUCUCUUACCCUACUACAGGGCACCUCAAACAUUCAAACACAACAAGCUCAGAUAGUCCAUCAGACAAGAUCACCCUCUACAACUUUCACCAUUCCUGGUAACUUGGUUCCAAUAACUCACAUUCAGUCGGUAACUGGAGCAACCAUCAGUGCUCAGAUACAGGCAAAAACGUCUCCUCAGGGUACCCCUGCUGGUCAACCGCAGCCUAUUCUACCGAACACACCACUCUCCCCUCCCUCAGCCAUGACUACAGUUACACUGAAUACAAGACCCAUUCUUCCACAACAACAACAGCAAAGGAAGAUAAAUGCAGGAGCUGGAACAUCACCAACGGCCAUUGCUGCACUAACAUCCACUGUCAACCGAACCACUACAAACCUGCAACCUCUGGUACCAAUUGGAACACAGCUUCAGCAGCAGCCGUUCCAGGUACGAAUGGUGCAGUUCCCACAGCAAGGUGGCCCCACCCAGAUACAGUGUCAACCCACUAUUGUUCAGGCACCCAGAGGAGCAACCCCCGUCCAAAUAAACACGCAGCAAGCUCAAGUGGUGCAGGGUUUACAACAGAUUCAAGGAAAACCAGUCACAACAGUCAAAGUAACUCAACAAACGCAAGGAGCACAAACAACAGCCAGAGCGCCAGGAAGAUCCCCUGCACAGCGACGAAGAUCGCAGAAUAAAUAACUUAUUGAAUAAUAUUUAUCAUGAUUAAAUUGUACACAAAGACUUUUAUACGAGCUUGUAGAAAGACACUUGGGAAGUGUUCUUCACUAGGUAUUAGAAGGUAGUGUUUGCUGUCAAAAUAGAAUUUAUUUAUUUCAA